AUGCCGUUUUUAUCAUUCAUCUACGACUCCUUGGGUGAUGGGAGCUCGUUCGCUGGUCUAUUUAGCCGGGAUGUGGUGAAUCAGGCUUCCCAAUUUACCUACCAUCAGCAAUUUGUGCAGCGAGUUCUUGCAAUUGCAUCGUCAACUUCGUCAAUAGUGUUCUGCCUUAUCGCAAUAUAUUUAUUUUUGUCUAUAGAUCCCCGGAGACUAGUUUUCAGGCACCACCUCAUAUGCUUUUUGAUCUUUUAUGAUUUUGUGAAGGCCAUUAUCUUGUUAAUCUACCCAACCAGAGUCUUGAGUUACAACACAGCCUACUACAGCAACAAUUUUUGUCAAGUUGUAGGGUUUUUCACGGCGACCGCCAUCGAAGGUGCAGACUUUGCCAUCUUAGCCUUUGCUGUGCACACAUUCCUUCUACUUUUCCAUACCCAAUUCUCCGUCAAAUUGGAGAACGGGAGAACAGAGGGGGGGCUUUACAUAUACAGACUGUACGUUUAUGUACUCUCCGUGUUAAUCCCUUUGGUGCUUGCUAGUUUAGCGUACGUCAACGGGACCGGCUAUAAUCUGUAUGUCUGUUGGUGUUCUUUGCCUCAGAAACCGGUGUGGUACAGACUUGUAUUGAGUUGGCUCCCACGGUAUUUGAUCAUUAUCACGAUUUUUACAGUGUACUGUAUGAUAUAUUUCCAUGUUAUCAAAGAAUUCAAGUCUUUGAGUGGUGCCUUCUCCACAAUGCAUGCGACAAAGUCAAAUAAAGAACGUGGAGAUGACAGGCCAACAUUCUUCCUGGCCUUAAUGUAUUCCAUUCGGGCAUUUAGGAACAAUUAUUUCCCGAAAAUCGUGCUUCCAAACCAAUACAAUAAGAAAAAUGGUGACAAAUCUGGACUGAGACGUUCAUCAUCAACGCCCGACGAAGGGAGAACAGAAACAUCUUCAGAUGAAGAAUUAAAUAUGAGUGAACUUCAUGGUAAAAACUUAGAAAACUUCAGGAAGAGACAAAAAAUUAUUGAGAAACAAAUGAAGUCAAUCUUCAUUUACCCCAUCGCCUACAUAUUCCUCUGGUUGUUCCCCUUUAUAUUGUAUGUGACGCAGAUUAAUUAUGAAGAGGCAAACCAUCCUAUAUAUUGGCUUAAUUGUAUGGGUGCCUUUUUCCAGCCAUUUAACGGAUUUGUCGACUCUUUAGUGUUUUUCUACAGAGAGAUCCCAUGGGAGUACACCAUUAUGAAAAAUUUUGAAAAGGAACAUGGGGCUAAAAUCGCAGCUGCAACGCACAUGGCUACCGUACUUGACCUGGAAUCCAUGGCCACAAGUGCAAGAUUGACUAAGCAAUCCAUCAGUAUGAGUAUGGCUGUAAAUAUUAACGAAUACUCGCUAUGGAGGCAGUAUUUCCAUAUGUUGAAAUUACCACUUUUCGAAUUACCUACCGAAGAGAAUAUCAGCAAAUUCCAAGCUAAGUUCUUGGACCAACUCCACAGAGGUUCUUCCUCAAGCAAGGAUAAUUCUGAAUUUAACGGCGUUGCUGACGGUGCAUUUGAACCUUCACCAAGAAGCUUGAAUGUUGCUGGUUACGGGGCAGGAUCCUCGGGGCUAGCAGCUGAAAGCCAUGAUUUUUCCAAUAUUCUUUCAGGGGACACAACCGAAAGAGAGUUCCGGUCUGCUUUAGAAGAUUUUUCGUUGGAUUUUUCACAGAAGAGAAAUUCUUUUGCUUCAAACCAAUCAAAGAGAAUAAGUAUUCUGAACAAAUCUUCGAGAUCGAGACAAUUAUCGAUUGUUGAUCCAAAUAUGACCAGGUUAGGCGAAAUCUUGGGACCCCAAAACAAUAAUAAUAAUAAUCAUAAUCAUAAUAAUACUAACAAUAAUGCUAAUAGCGAUAUAGAUACUUCACUCCCCUAUAAUAAUAUCAUCAAAGGUUUCCGUGGGGGGUCGGGUGGAGGUCUGGUGUCUGGUACACCUAAAAGAUCUCAGUCUACCUCAAGAGCAGGAGAUCUUUCAUCUUCAGUUGCAGAAGAAAAUGAAAUGGAUUUCUUAGAGUUCUUGAAAAAGGGUCCUAGUUAG